AUGGCCGAUUCCGAGGCUACUCUCAAAGCAUCGUCGUCAAAUCCAACCAACGAUGAACGCUACCAACUUCCUUACUCAGAAAUGUGGAGGUGCAAUAAUUCAUCGAGUCAGAAGAACCCAAUUUCUCCAAUGUAA